UCUUGGCAAAGCAAAUGAGUAUAAGAAACCAACGAUUCUCUGUUCUUAAACAACCCAUAUUUUCCACACUUAAUCAGCAUUUGAUAGAUUAUCCAACCCCGAGCAAUAUUAGUUAUUGGUGGGGAUUCGGUUCGUUAGCUGGGAUUUGUUUAGUCAUUCAGAUAGUGACUGGCGUUUUUUUAGCUAUGCAUUAUACACCUCAUGUGGAUCUAGCUUUCAACAGCGUAGAACACAUUAUGAGAGAUGUUGAAGGGGGCUGGUUGCUCCGUUAUAUGCAUGCUAAUGGGGCAAGUAUGUUUCUCAUUGUGGUUCACCUUCAUAUUUUUCGUGGUCUAUAUCAUGCGAGUUAUAGCAGUCCUAGGGAAUUUGUUCGGUGUCUCGGAGUUGUAAUCUUCUUAUUAAUGAUUGUGACAGCUUUUAUAGGAUACGUACUACCUUGGGGUCAGAUGAGCUUUUGGGGAGCUACAGUAAUUACAAGCUUAGCUAGCGCUAUACCUGUAGUAGGAGAUAGCAUAGUGACUUGGCUUUGGGGUGGUUUCUCCGUGGACAAUGCCACCUUAAAUCGUUUUUUUAGUCUUCAUCAUUUACUCCCUUUUAUUUUAGUAGGCGCCAGUCUUCUUCAUCUGGCCGCAUUGCAUCAAUAUGGAUCAAAUAAUCCAUUAGGUGUACAUUCAGAGAUGGAUAAAAUUGCCUUUUACCCUUAUUUUUAUGUAAAGGAUCUAGUAGGUUGGGUAGCUUUUGCUAUCUUUUUUUCCUUUUGGAUUUUUUAUGCUCCUAAUGUUUUGGGGCAUCCCGACAAUUAUAUACCUGCUAAUCCGAUGCCCACCCCGCCUCAUAUUGUGCCGGAAUGGUAUUUCUUACCCAUCUAUGCCAUUCUUCGUAGUAUACCUGACAAAGCGGGAGGUGUAGCCGCAAUAGCACCCGUUUUUAUAUGUCUCUUGGCUUUACCUUUUUUUAAAAGUAUGUAUGUACGUAGUUCAAGUUUUCGCCCUAUUUACCAAGGACUCUUUUGGUUGCUUUUGGCGGAUUGCUUACUACUAGGUUGGAUCGGAUGUCAACCUGUGGAAGCACCCUUUGUUACUAUUGGACAAAUUCCUUCUGUUCUUUUCUUCUUGUUCUUUGCCAUAACGCCCAUUCUGGGACGAGUUGGAAGAAUAAUUCCUAAUUAUUACACGGAUGAGACUGAGAACACCUGAUCAGUGUCAAAUUAUUACACCAAGAAUUGACGAGCGAGUAUUACACCAAUAAUUGACAAGCGGAUUCGUUUUUUUUAGUUGGCUAUGUUGAUAUAGCUUAUAUAGGGAAAAGAAAGUCUACUAUAGGGUAAGGGUGAACUUUCAAAUCCGGUUGUUCCCGAAACUCCCCGUCCCUUACUCGUCUUUUGAAAGCAAGAACAUUCGCAUAGAAGAUAUCCGAUUUGAUUCAUGCAUGCUCCUCCACUUAAAAAAAAAAAAGACCACCAAGAAAAUUGAGUGACUAACUCAAACUUCGCGCUAGCUCUAUAGUUGCUUUUAUGCUUGUUGGAGCUUUGCUUGAGUCCAUACUAAACCUGCUUUAUUUCCUGAGAAGAGGGAGGAGCACAAAGCUGGAUUUGCUGAUGGUGACAAAGAGUAGGACCUCUAGCAAUGAGACUCUUAUCAACCAUAGGGAUAGCCUCAGCAGCACUACCCAUAAGACCCUGAUAAAAGGAUCUUACUUCUUCCUUAAUCUGCAUCUGAUUUGAGCACCUAGAACCAUCAGAUCUCACCAAAAGCUUAAUAGCAUUAACAUUUUGCCUAGCUUUUGCAUAAGAAUGGAAGAACUUGGUGUUUGAGUCUCCAAGUUUGAUCCAGUCAACUCUGGAUUUUUGUUGCCAGAUCUUUUCCAAAAGCAUAGCUUUAGCUAUUACAACCGAAAGCUUCGCUUAAGCGACUUCAUACCUUUUGAUGAUUGCCUAAGACCACCAAACGAGCUUUGUCCCGUUCAAAAGCACCAUCUGACUUACGCUUUGUUUUAUACACCCAUUGGUUGCCGAUUGCCUUCUUACCAGGAGGAAGAUCUGUAAUCUCCCAAGUUUUGUUUCCAAAGCAUCGAUCUCCUGCCGCAUUGCAUUUCGCCAAUUUUCUUUCUGAACCGCUUCCUUAAAUGACCUGGGCUCUUUAUCAGCAUUAAUAGCACCAACCCAUUUUAUAUGGCCAGCAUGCAAAUAAAAAUAAGUAACAUAAUGUGCUAUAGGAAACCGCGUACCUGAGGAGGUCGAUGACUCGGAUGAGGCGGAGAUGGGGUGUAUUGUACGUGCAGAAAAAUAGAAUCAGAUAACCAGCCCG